GUAUUUUUAGUAAAUUUUGUGGUGGACAGUGUCUUUUUACCCAACCUUUAUUAUUAGAACAAGCAAUAAUUGUGCAAAAAUUUUCGUAAAUGGGCGAAUCUUUAAGACGAGAGAUUUUACGAGUCUUCAAGAAACUUCAUAGAACAAGAUUAAAGACAUUUGAAGGCGAUGAAUAUGCAUUACAAGUUGUGAGAGAUCAGAUAAACAAAGAAUACAGAAAAUAUAAAAAUGUCACAAACCAGGCAGUGAUUGAGGAGUUAAAUAAAUUCGCUCAGGAAGUUGAAUAUGAAAUACGAACGACUGUCAUACAAGCGAUCGAAACGGCACCUAGAAGAGUGGCACUGCGACUUACUCCAGAUGUCUUGGUAGAUAAUAUGCUAUAUAAAGAUCAGAAAGAUGAUAAAUUAGGCAAAGAAAGCAAAGACUAAAAUUGAACUGCACAAUCUAUGCUAUUGAAGGAUAUCGAACAGGAAUAAGAAUCAACUAAAGUUAAUUAUGAAUAGUUAUUACAGUGAAAUCACUUAGACAUCUUAUUAUUUAAAAUUAAAAUUUGUAAAUAAUGUAUUAUAUAAUAUGAAAAACACACAUGUUUAGUAGCUUUGAUAGAAAAAUGCUAUUUCAGUUCAUAAUUAAUCUUUAUUUACAAUAAGAUUAUAAUGGGGACAUUCAAAUUAUGUACAAGCCUUUGGUGGCUAAAUCAUUUCCUUCUUGAUUUCAUAGGCUGUUUCUACACCUCGUGUUAAAUUCAUGUAUU